GCGGGCGGAGGGCUCGGCCCGAGAGGCGGAGCCCGGGCGGCUUGUCACACCGUUCCCGCGCUGGGCGACCGCCGUCACUUCGGACUGCGGCGAAGAGCCGCGCUAGAACGCUGUGCUGUUCCCCGACGCCAGCCCGCUUGCCUGAUAUCUUCAAAAUGGCUGAUAAUUUGGAUGAAUUUAUUGAAGAGCGAAAAGCCAAAUUGGCCAGAGACAAAGCAGAAUUGGAAAGUGAUCCACCAUACAUGGAAAUGAAGGGAAAAGCAUCAGAGAAGCUUUCUGAAAACAGCAAAAUAUUAAUCUCCAUGGCUAAGGAAAACAUACCACCAAACAGUCAACAGACAAGGGGUUCUUUAGGAAUUGAUUAUGGAUUAAGUUUACCACUUGGGGAAGACUAUGAACAGAAGAAACAUAAGCUGAAAGAAGAAUUGCGACAAGAUUACAGACGCUAUCUUACUCAGGGUGUUACACAAGCAAAAAGAAAGAAAAAUUUUCUAUCCACGAGUGAAACAGAUCCAUCUACUCUGGGAGUUUCUCUUCCUAUUGGUGAGAGGUUAUCUGCUAAGGAAAGGUUGAAACUUGAACGUAACAAAGAAUACAAUCAAUUUCUCAGGGAUAAGGAAGAAUCCACUGAAAAGUUCAGACAGGUAGAAAAGAGUACUGAGCAGAAGAAUCAAAGAAGUAAAAAACCUAUCAGUCAGGUUAAACCUGAUUUACCUUCACAAAUACAGUCAUCUUGCGAAAAUUCAGAGGGUCCUAGAAAAGAUGUCUUAACUCCUUCAGAGGCAUAUGAAGAACUUCUAAACCAAAGACGACUAGAAGAGGACAGGUACCGAAAAUUAGAUGAUGAAAUUGAAUUAAGGAACAGUAGAAGAGUCAGUAAAAAAACUGAUGAAGAAGUGGGCGUUUCCAAUAAAAAACAUCAAAGGUUUGACAGCAAGACUGACAUUCCAGAUAGAAGAUUUCACAGGUUUAAUGAGGAUCGUGCUUUUGAUAAACAGUAUUACAGACCAGGCUAUGAUCCAGAAGUAAGUGAAGACAUGGAUGAGAGGUUUAGAUAUGAAAGUGAUUUUGAUAGAAGACUUUUGAGAGUUUAUACAAAAGACAGAAUCAAAUGGCAACCCACAUCAGUAUCCUUGCCUGGAGAAUCCCAGGGACAGAGGAGGAUGUACGGGAACAGACGAGGCAAUGAGCCUCCUAUGGAGUAUGAUGGUGAUGUCACAGAACAGUCAAACAUACGAAUUUCAUCUGCUGGAAAUCAAAGUGCUCGAGACAAUGAACCAUCCAAACCUACUAAUCGAGAGACAUGCAGUCCUUUUGCGGGAAUGCUCUUUGGGGGUGAAGAUCGAGAACUUAUUCAGAGAAGGAAAGAGAAAUAUAGACAAGAGCUAUUGGAACAAAUGGCUGAACAACAGAGGAACAAGAGACGAGAAAAAGAUUUGGAUCUCAGGGUUGCAGCUUCUGGAGCACAAGACCCUGAGAAAUCGCCUGAUAGACUAAAGCAGUUUAGUGUGGCACCAAGACACUUUGAAGAGACGAUACCACCUGAGAGACCCAGAGUAGCUUUCCAGACACCUCUCCCUCCUCUGUCCGCCCCAUCUGUCCCACCCAUCCCAUCAAUUUCCUCCAUCCCAUCUCAGAACGAAGAUGUGCACAGUGGACUCAGCAGCACUCUUGGUGACAUGGUGCCUCCCAGAGUUGCACCUCUGCCUCCACCUCCCAUGCUGCCCCCUUUGGCUACGAACUACCGAACUCCUUACGAUGACGUGUACUAUUUCUAUGGGGCCAGGAAUACUUUGGAUCCUGGUCUUGCUUAUUAUGGUUCAGGGAUGAUGGGAGUACAGCCUGCUCCUGCUGCUUAUGUUACAGCUCCUGUUACCCACCAACCAGCACAGCCUAUCAUCACCCACCAGCCAGUACAGCCUAUCCUGAGUACAGUUGGACAGAAUGAGCUCAAAAUUACAAGUAAUCGAGCAAUAAAUUCAGGAUUAUUUUUUGAAGAUAAACCAAAGCCUUCAAAACAAUCACUUCAGUCUUACCAGGAAGCUUUGCAGCAGCAGAUUCAAGAAAGACAAGAAAGAAGAAAGAAAGAACGUGAAGAAAAAGAAGUAUAUGAAGCCAAAUUAGAAGCUGAAAUGAGAAGUUAUAACCCCUGGGGGAAAGGUGGAGGUGGUGCUCCUCUGAGAGAUGACAAAGGAAAUCUGAUAACUGAUUUGAAUAGGAUGCACAGACAAAAUAUAGAUGCCUACCAUAACCCAGAUGCAAGAACAUAUGAAGAUAAAAGGGCUGUUGUAUCUCUAGACCAAAAUUUAGCCACUUCAAAUGCUGAGAACCAAGAAGAUGCUGCAAAUAAAAACUCAGGUCAUAUGCAAACACAGAGCUCUCCUUUUGCUCGGGGAAAUAUUUUUAGUGAGCCUCCAACUGAACUUCAGAUUAAGCAGCAGGAAUUAUACAAGAACUUUCUUCGUUUUCAGAUUGAAGAAAAGAAGCAAAGAGAAGAAGCAGAGCGCGAGAGAUUAAGAAUUGCUGAAGAAAAAGAAGAAAAACGGCUUGCAGAACAGAGAGCUCGAAUCCAGCAAGAGUAUGAAGAGGAGCAGGAAAAGAAAAGGGAGAAAGAGGAGGAGCAAAGACUGAAAAAUGAAGAGCUUAUUCGGUUAGCUGAAGAAAGACGAAAAGAAGCAGAAAGAAAGAAGAAAGAAGAAGAAGAAAAACGUAACUUACAACUUCAGCACUACUAUGAAAGAGAAAAUAUGGUUGGGGAAGAUAUAAAGCACUUGAGACAGCCUUCUCCUGUAGUUCCUGCUCUUCAGAAUAAGAUUGCAAGCAGACUCCAAAGACCUCCUUCAGUUGACAGCAUUGUAACUUCCUUUACUCAGGACAGUUCUGUGUCCAUGGCACAGUCUCCUCCGGUACCUGCCAGGAAAAACCAGCUUCGUGCAGAAGAGGAGAAAAAAAAUGUAAUUAUGGAAUUAUCAGAAAUGAGAAAACAGCUUCGUAGUGAAGAGCGACGUCUGCAGGGGCGGUUACUACACAUUGACAGUGAUGAUGACGUUCAUAUAAGGAAAAGAGAAAGUUCCAUGGAUGUAUUUGAUAUGGCCAGACAUCGGUUACAAGCUCCUGUCAGAAGACCGUCACCUAAGAGCUUAGACUCUGCUUCUUCUCAGAAUAUUCAUGACUUUAAGGAACUGAAAGACAGAGAUUCAGAAACACGAGCUGAUCUGAAAUCUAUGUACCCGGAUGAUCCAAGAGAUAAUGACACCUUGGAGAUAGAACAGCAAGCCUUGCUAAGAGAGCAGCAGAAGAAACUGAAUAAACUAAAAAUGCAGGAAGGUGCUAAAGUUGACUUGGAUGCUGUCCCAAGCACUAAAGUACGAGACCACAGAAUGCCCAGAGAUGACACUGAUGAUUUCUUGACAAACUCAUUAUUAGAAUCUGAUAGUGCUUUUAUUGGUGCGCAUGGCGAGACGUACCCUGCCAUUGAGGAUGGGGGCUUCCUGCUGCUGUCUCCGCUGCCCUCUGCCAGAGAGCGCAGGAGGAACAAACUGAAAGGAUUGGACUUCGAUAACAGUCACCCUGAUGUGCCACCAGAUGGUGUCUCUUUAAAAUCUGUAUCCAGUAUAAAUAUUGAUCAACUUAGAAUGAGAAAUGAAGAACGAAUGAGAAGACUGAAUGAACUUCAGAAUAAACCUAUUACUGCAGAUGAUGAGAGUUCACUGGUUGACCCUGAUGACAUCAUGAGGCACCGGGGUGACGACGGAUCAAACUCUGUAGCCACUGAGCCCUGGCUCCGCCCAGGCACCUCAGAAACACUGAAGCGAUUCAUGGCGGAGCAGCUGAGGCAGGAGCAGCAGCAGGGUCCUGGCAGACCAGGCGCUUUCACCUGGCAGGGCCUGUCUACUGCACACGGUUAAAAUCGGUCUGUACUGGACCCAGUAGUGCCUUUGAAGGUGGAAGGAAUGUGAAACCUGAACCUGAAUAAUGUGUGCUACUUUUGGCCUGUACAUGGCAGUUACUCAUAUUCCAUCUGUAUAUAAGGUAUAUUUUUUUCCAUGAUGAUGUAUAUGAUGUAUUUAUAUUAUGUACAUAAAUAAAAAGCCAUGGCUAUUAAUUUAUAUAAUGUAGAAUUGUACAGAAUUAUUUUUGCACAACUUUGCCAUAAAGUGGGGUGGUAAUGAACUCUUGGAAUCAACUACCAUAUGUGCAUUAUUUUAAAUUCUGCUUGUAAGAUAAGGUGAAUAAAACAAGUAUCUUAACAGUACUGUAAGAAUAUUCUUUGCUAUAUGUACAUCUGCUAUUAUUAUCACUAUUCAAAAUCAUUUCUUCACUUAGUAAAUAUACUGGUUAUAGCUGUUGCUCUGUAAUCAGAAUCAGAUGUGCUAUUUCUCAUUGAUAACUACUGACUCAGUAUAAAUGAUAGAGUUGUUAGUGAUUAUAUUCCUGUGAGCCAUGCACUUACAUGUCCCAUCUUUCUGCCUCUAUUUUUGUGCCAACGAAGGCAGUAAGUUUGCUCUUUAUAUGAUGUAACUACUUCUUGAUAAAAAUAAAUUAUUUUUAUUACCA